AAUAAUUAUGAGAUUAAAAAAGGGUUUUUCCUUUUCCUUUUGUGAAAUAUGAAAGGUCACGGCUCACAAUAGGUAUUUCUUGUCCUCCCUCUCCCUCCGUUUAUUUGUCUGAUUAACAGAGAAGAACAGAGGAGAAAAGAAGGAGCUUUCUUUAGCUGCCCUUUACCAGAUGGCUAGAUGGGAUCAGAUUCUGUCCCUCCCUGUACAAAAUCCGCCGACCUUGGAGUUCUCGGCUGCUGAUCUUGUAUGGUCAAAGGUGGAAGGUUGGCGUGACAAUAUAGAUAGAGUUGCUUUAAUCCCCUUUGCUAGAGUGGAUGACUUUGUUAGAGGUGAAUCUGCAAACAAAGACUGUCCAACAAGAUUUCAUGUUGAAGCAAGAAGGCGGAGGCCUCCAAAGGCACCUUACAAGCCAAAGGUUGACGGUAUUCUUGAAUAUAUUCUGUAUUGGUGUUCAUUUGGUCCUGAUGACCAUAGGAAAGGGGGCAUUGUACGACCCAGCAGGAAUACAUAUAUCCCUAAGAAGACAAAUGCUGGUCGACCUAAUACAAAAAGAGGAUGCACCUGUCACUUUAUUGUGAAACGCUUAAUUGCUGAGCCGACGGUAGCACUCAUAAUAUAUAACCAGGAUAAGCAUGUGGAUAAGAAAGGGUUGCCAUGCCAUGGGCCACAGGACAAAAAGGCUGCUGGAACACGUGCUAUGUUUGCACCGUACAUCUCAGAGGAUCUCCGCCUCCGUGUGCUCUCUUUACUGUAUGUGGGUGUCUCUGUGGAGACCAUAAUGCAGCGGCACAAUGAGUCUGUAGAGAAACAGGGUGGUCCAUACAACCGUGAUGACCUUUUAACCCACAGGUAUGUUCGAAGACAGGAGAGGAGCAUUAGACGUUCUACAUAUGAGUUGGAUGCAGAUGAUGCAGUCAGUGUAAACAUGUGGGUUGAAAGCCAUCAGAAUCAUGUAUUUUUUUAUGAAGAUUUCACUGAUUCAGACCCUUUUACCUUGGGCAUUCAAACAGAGUGGCAGCUGCAACAAAUGAUUCGAUUUGGAAAUCGCAGCCUCAUUGCCUCUGAUUCAAGGUUUGGGACAAAUAAACUGAAGUAUCCUGUUCACAGUCUCAUUGUCUUCAAUUCAGACAAGAAAGCUAUCCCGGUAGCUUGGAUUAUAACACCAAGAUUUGCUAGUGUGGAUGCUCAUAGAUGGAUGAGGGCUCUAUACAACAGAGUUCGCACAAAAGAUCCUAGUUGGAAGUUGGCUGGGUUUAUUGUGGAUGAUCCUUCAGUUGAUGUCCUUACAAUCAGGGAUGUUUUUGAGUGCUCUGUAUUGAUAUCCUUUUGGCGGGUCCGCCAUGCAUGGCAUAAAAACUUAUUGAAGAGAUGUUCAGAGACAGAGAUGCAUGUUGAGAUAUCAAGACGACUUGGAAUGGCAGUUGAUGACAUUUGCAGAGGAUGUGGAAAUGUUGAUUUGUUUGAGAAAUUCAUGGAAGAUUUUGUUGAUUGCUUGAAUUUUAUGGAUUAUUUCAAAGCAAUCUGGUACCCUAGAAUAGGGGCUUGGAUCUCUGCACUUGGAACUCUCCCACUUGCUAGCCUGGAGACUUGUGCAGCGAUGGAAUUUCACCACAAUCAACUGAAGCACCGGUUGUUAAAUGAGAAGGAUCCUUCUGUCUACCAACGCACUGAUUGGCUGGUUAAUAAGUUGGGUACGAAAGUGCAUUCGUACUUUUGGCUGGAUGAAUACUCAGGGAAAGAUGAUUUUGCACGAUACUGGAAGGAUGAGUGGAUGAGUGGUUUAACAUCUUGGCGUAAGGCAUUGAAGAUUCCAGAUUCUGAUGUUGCCAUUGAAGGGAGAUGUGCAAAAGUGACUGACCAGCUUGAUCGAGAUAGAGCUUAUGUUGUUUGGAACCCUGGCUCACAGUAUGGGAUUUGUGAUUGUACUUGGGCAGAAAUGGGCUAUCUGUGUGAGCAUGUGUUCAAGGUAAUAAAGGUCUUUCGUGAGAAAGGGUCUAUUUUGCCAUCUGUCAGCCUAUUUCAGUACAACAAGGCUUUGAUUGACAUGCUACAUUGCCCACCCCAUGAUUCCUUGAUCCGUGAUCAAGCUGUUUCUUUAGCAAUCUAUGUACAGAAACAGUUAAAUUCCCUAGUUGAUCCUAUUCAGAAACAAACCAGAGAUGCUAGUCAGGAUGCAAGUGCAAUGGUGAUUUCUGCAAAACAAAAUAGAGGAUUAGUUGAUGAUAGCCCUUGUGUAAAUGGGAUCAUGUCAUCUAAUCAUGAAAAUGGUUAUGCAGAUUGCUCUGAGGCUCCUGCUAGUAUUGCAAGUGAUUUGGGUAGUGAAUCAGUUGAUGGGUUAGUUGGUACAAAUAGCAUUUGUGGUGAGGCUGCUGGAGAAGGAAUAUCUGGUUCUGAGAUGGAUGUUGACCCACCCUCCUGUAUUUCUCCACCUGAAUUACCAUCUUUAAAUGAGGUUGUAGCUGGUAAUGUCUUUUCAGAGCAGGGAGAUUGUGAAGAAGAUAUCUUUAACAAAAAUUGCCAUGAAAGUGUGAUGGCUGCAGAGCCACAACCAGAUGAGAUUCCUCAAACAAGACAGCUUUUGAAGCCAUGCACAGCAACUCAUCAGGAUGGUUUUGGUGGCAAGAGUAGUGAACCUUUAGUGUCCACUGCUGAGAAAGCUCCCAAGUUCAGCUCCUUAGUCGAGGAAGCAUCAUACUCCAAGAGUCAAUCUUGCUCAUCAUCCUACAUUGACAACUCUGAGACAACCAAACUGGAGCAACUUCCAGAUCUUGUGAAUCCUAAGUUGUAUAAUAUUGAUGCAAACGGUGCGCAGCUUGAGCUUAUGUCGAGAGGGAAGAACCCAUAUGCUGAGGCCCAACCACAAUUUUUCUUCCCUCAGAUCCCACAGCCCCAACCAUACCUCACAUUAUCUCUGGAAAGCCAAGACCUUUUGGCUAAAUUUGAGGACCCUUACUUUUCACAAGUGUUUGCACCGAUGGAUGUUCCUGAACUAGGGAGUGGACAUGUUGGGCAGCCAUUUCUUGAACCAGUGAGAAGUAGCGGAUUUGGUGCAAGGGAAGAAACUGACAACCCCGUCACUCCAGAUACCUUCUUUGAUGACUUCCCUGCUGACAUGUUUGAUCAUAUGGAGCCUCUUCCAAGCCCAUCAGAGUAA